CUGCCGUUCGACGAUCCGGCGCCCGAGCCGCCCGCACGGCCCGCCCGGCGCGUGCUGACGGUGACGGAACUGACCGCCAGCGUCCGCGUGCUGCUCGAGUCGAAGUAUGCCGAGGUCUGGAUCGAAGGCGAAAUCUCGAACGCGCGCGUCUGGAAGACGGGCCACCUGUACUUCACGCUCAAGGACGCCGGCGCGCAGCUGCGCGCCGUCAUGUUUCGCUCGGCGCUGCGCUACCAGCGGUUCCGGCCGGAGGACGGCCAGCACGUCAUCGCCCGCGGCCGGCUCAGCGUGUACGAGCCGAAGGGCGAGUACCAGAUCGUGUGCGAGCAUCUGGAGCCGCAGGGCGUGGGCGCCCUGCAGCUCGCCUUCGAGCAGCUCCGGCGGCGGCUCGAUCACGAGGGGCUGUUCGACGCGGCGCGCAAGCGGCCGCUGCCGCCGCUGCCGCGCAAGAUCGGCGUGGUGACGUCGCUCGACGGCGCCGCGCUCCGCGACAUCAUCAACGUGCUCAGCCGGCGCCAUCCCAACGUCCACGUGGUCAUCGGCCCGACGCGCGUCCAGGGCGAGCGGGCGGCGGAGGAAAUCGUCCACCUCUGGGCGUUCAACGAGGAGCCGGUGGCGCGCGCCAUUGCCGGCGCACCGGUGCCGGUCAUCUCGGCGUUGGGGCACGAGACGGACUUCACCAUCAGCGAUUUCGUCGCCGACCUGCGCGCGCCCACCCCCUCGGCAGCGGCGGAGCUGGUCGUGGCCGGCAAGGACGAGAUCAGCGCGCGGAUCCGGAAUCUAGAGCAACGUCUGCGGGCGGCGGCGCGGGACGGCCUGCAGCGGCGGCGCUCGGCCGUGCACGGGCUCCAGACGCGGCCGGGUCUGGCCGGGUGGCCGACGCGGGUCGCGGUGCGCGGGCGGCAGGUCGGCGAGCUCACCUACCGGCUCACGCGUGCGGCGCGCGCUGGCGCGGCGCGCCGGGAACGGCGCCUCCACGAGCUGCGCCUGCGGCUGGAAGCGCUCGACCUUGGCCGCCGCAUCGACGGCAUUCGAGCGCGCCUGCGGGCGGCGCGCGCCGGCAUGGCGGCCGCGCUCCGCGACGUCCAGCAGGCCCGGGAGGCCCGCCUGCGCGUUGCAGCCGGCCGUCUCGAGACGUUGAGCCCGCUCGGCGUGCUGGCCCGCGGCUACGCCGUCUGCUGGAACGCCGACCGCUCGUCGAUCAUCCGCGACGCGACGGCGGUCACGACCGGCGCGGAGGUACACGUUACCCUGCACAGCGGGGCGCUGGAUUGCACGGUCACAAAGGUCGAAUGA